CGGCCAGAGGCAGGGCAUGUCGGGGACCAUGGAGGAGAACCAUACGGCAGAGGUCGAGAUGCUGCACUCGGUCAAGGUGGCACUCAAGGGGGCUGUCCUGGCCGUGGAGACCAUGGAGGCCGACCUGCGCAAGGUGGCGGCCAACAUGGACAAGCUAUCCGGGGCCAACGAGAGCAUGGGCACGAUCACCAGCGCGGUGGCCACUCCGCCGCAGCUGCAGCAGUAGCGCGGGCAUUUACUUCUUGCGCAUGAUGUCCGAGAAGCGCUUGACGUGGCGGAUAAAGUAGUCGCAGUAGCGGCGGGCGACCUUGGUGUCAGCGAUGGUCACCAUGUCACGCUCGAGGUAAAAGGUGACGUCCGAC